AACUACGUCACUGAUAGCGCAAGGAAGCUGGUGGCCGGACGCGCCAAAUUUCAAAGCACUUCCUCCCGGGAGGAAAAAGAAAGCCAAGGACUUUUGUCCAAACACCGACGGAAGGGACUCGAUUAAACAACAACAAAAACAAAACUUCCCCCGAAGCUCGACAAUCGUCGUGGAGGACAGAAGCCAGGUCAAAAUGCUUCCGUUGCCAUGAGACCCAAAAGGAACAAACACGAUGAAUUAUUAAGGAAAAACUGCUGUUUUUAAGAGGAAGCCUGUUUACUCCCAAAUCCCCUGCUGGAGUCGUUUUUGAUUUAUGUCUUCGCUCUCUCAAACGCUAAUGCGAACACCUGUUGGCCAGUGCCUGUGCACCACGCACCCCUGACCUCCAGGGUCCUGUCCAGCGAGGUUGACGACGCCCUCUAUAGCAGAUGCCUUCCACGAAAUUAUUUUCCACGAAAUGAUUUCCCACGACCAGAGCGACUCCCUGAAUGCAUCACAGCCUGCUGUAGCGUAGGGGGGGCCUGGGGGGGAGGGGGCGGGGCUUAAAGUUCUGUCAGUCAUGCUCUCGGGGGUGCACCCUUGCUUCCAGCUGCUCCGCAUCGGUUCUUCUUCGGCGGAGGACUCUGCGCGGGACCUCUACACCUUCCGGCCAGCGCUCGGCCCCUCCGUGUUUCGCCUGGGCCGAGCGGCCGAGCUGUGCGAUGUCACGCUGGACUCCUCGACGGUGUCCCGCAUCCACGCCGAGCUGCAUGCCGAGCGAGAGGCAUGCGGGGGCGAGGCCGCGGCUCAGGAGGAGGGAUGGAGGGUCCACAUCAAGGACAGGAGCACUCACGGCACCUGGGUCAACGAGGUCCGCCUCCAGCCCGGCAUCCAAUGGGAGCUCUCAGACGGCGACACGCUGACUUUCGGUGGACACUCGCCUCCCGGGAGCCCCGAGUUCUACUUCCUCUUCCAGAAGGUCAAAGUGCGCCCGUUGGACUUUGACGCCAUCACCAUUCCGAAGGCGGGAACCUUUUCCUCCGACUUGCAGAACCGAAUCCGAACCAACCCGGAUCGCAAGGCGGCGCCCGCCGUGGAGUCCAUUAACCGGGCCACCGUCAUCCUCAACUCCAUCGGCAGCCUCAGCAAGAUGAAGGGCAGCGCGUGGACCUUCCAGAGGAGCCACAGCCACGAGGGCACCGCCUCCGACCCGGGCUCCUCCUCCUCGCCGCCGCUCCUGCCGCUAAGGGCAGGCCCCUCCCCUUUGCUGCACUCUUCCACGCCGCCUCCCUUCUCCACGGCCCCCUCGCUCGCCUCCAAGGCCCUCCCGGCGGCCUCCAGGAGCCGCAGGAAGUCUGCUCACACGGUUUUGCUGGAGGACGACAGCUCGGACGAGCCCAGGAGCAGAAAAGUGCUGGCAGGACCGGAGGACGAAGGACAGCGGGAGCGCGGUAGGAAGAAGCGGCGUCUCUACAAGUCCGAGUCGGAAGAUCUCGGCUCCCCGCCGCCGCCUCGUCCGUUUCACCCCAAAGGCCAGAGCGAGCUGCGGCCGCCGCAGGAGUCCAAGCCCUUCCCUGUGGGGAUCCGGACCAUCGGCAGCUUCCACGGCGCUAUGACCAACAGCAGACUGGACCAGCACCUCCUCCCCAAGCCCGCCGUGCUCCGACAAGAGCAAGAGGCGCCGCGACAUCAGCACAGCGGCGCACGCGGCAACGCGGCCGCCUUCCGCCAACAGCGGCCCGCCCUGUCGGCGCAGAGGGGCCGCAGGAGAGCGCACAGCUCACCGGCUUUCUCCCCCCUGGUGGUGGGAGGGGAGAACUACAACCUGGCGUCGCCCUCAGUCCGGAUCCGCGCGGCCCCGAGAGGCAGGGCGGCGUUCAACGGGUUUCACCAGCAGCCCAGCAAGCGGCGAGGCCGACCCCGCAAGCACCCUCUUCCUCCUCGACCUUCCCUUCCCUCGCCAUCGUCCUCGUCCUCGUCUUCCACCUCCUCGGCCUCGUCCUCCUCGGGCUCCUCCUCCUCGUCAUCUUCCGAGGACGAGGAAGAGGCGGCGCCGUCCGGGGCGGUGGAGCCGUGCGCGGCUCCCCGCUGCCUGCUGCCCCAGCAGGACACGGUGCAGUGGAUCCAGUGCGACGUGUGCGACGCCUGGUACCACAUCGACUGUCUCCGCGUGGACCGCAAGAAGCUCCUACGGGACCCCAGCGCCCACUUCAACUGCGGCUGCUCCUGAGGGCUCUCGCUUUUUCACGUAAGCCUCGAUUAACUGCCGACGAGCGCGCCGGACCGUCACUUCCUGUUGCUUCCUCGCGCUUUCAUUUUGGAGGAAUCAAACGUUUCAGGUGCGACGUUGUCCUCGUAUCGACAUGGCCUCCCAAAUACCGUAGUGGUAAUUAAGCCUCGUGCAAUCAGCCUGGGUGACGAGAGGCCUCAUAAUAAAAUGACUCAUUGGUCACUUAAUUAGGUACACCAUGCCUGCUCAGGUUUUAGCUGUUCCUAAAUUUUUGAAGUUAUUCACAAGCAAAAUUCAGCAUAUUUGAAUCUUAUUAAGCUUAACUUUUUUUUUGUAAUGAAUCUCAUCAGCGGGAGAACCCAAUGAAGUGGCCAUCUUCUCAACGCUGCAUUCCAGCGGUCGUGUUUGGCGCCCCCCCGUGGACGUUGGUUGAGCUGCAGUCAUACUGGGCGAGCUCAUGCUCGAGCAAUAAAAUUACAUGUAAAACAAUCAA